AUGGUGGACAGCACCCAUGAGAAGUUACUUCCGCGCCCCAUACAAGAGGAAGGUCAACAGAAAACGGCUGAGAAAUUUCAAAUGCUGGCAGAAUUUCUGCAGAAAAAUCGGGAUGUGUUAACAAACCUUCUCCAGACACAGGGACGUGGAAUUGCGGAGAGAAGCAAAUUUCACCUUAACACCAGUGCCUUAGCAGCUAUGGCAUGCGGAAGCUGGUCUUGGAUCAGGUUUUGGAUCUUUUUUCUGUGGACAGCGUUCACUGAUGGACUCAAGACUAUGAAAGAUAUACCGAAAGAAAGCCGCGCGCAGUUUGACAAGAUGAAAAAGUAUCUGGGGGAAGUAAAGUGGAACCACGAGAGGGUGCUUCAUGACACGACAAAAAUGCAAGAGAAGGUAUUGCUGGUAUUUUUGUUUUUCUGUUUUACUUGUAGGUUACAGUAAAAACAUUGUGGAAAAAAUAGCUAACGAAUUUGUGUGUGUAAUCAAAUGGACAAGUGAAAUUAGGGAAUACUUUCAUAUAAGAAUUUGGACAGAACACAAGUUAAAUUAUUCCUCCAGUUUCACUAGUACAAUUGUAUACCAUUUGAUUACAGUUUGAAUACUAUGGUCAAAAAAUGUAUACGCUCACAAAACGGGGGAUUUUGGCACCGUAGAAAAAAAACACGAUUAUAACAAUAUCGCUAUUUCACGUGUACAUUUAUAAAUUAAGGCUGAAACUUCGAGCCAAAAUUAAGGAGUGAUUUGUUGCCCAUGAUAUUAUUUAUACAUUUAUUCAUCUAUUAAUCAAUUGAUUAAUUUGAACACCUUGUAGAAUAAAGUCCUUGUCAGAGCUGAGGUUAUCAUUACGACAAGCGUUAAGUUAUUUUACGUAUAAGAAUCAUUAAAUGAAAGCGCAUACCAGUAUGAUAUUGGAUAGAAUUUUACUGCAAAGUUCAUUGUUAGGCUUUAUUGUACUAGAUUUGAGCAAUCCUAGCGGAUAUAUAAAAUAAAAGCACUUCUAUGACUCCAAACCGUCCCCACGAAUGAGCGUGAAAGGAAACCAUAACUCGGAGCGAGCUACUUCAAUGGGGAAGGGGAUGGCCUUUGUCACGGCGUUUUGACGGACCCUUUUAUUUUAAAAUGCAUUUUAGACCACUUUUUCACGCGAAAAUGAAAGCUCCGUACUAUUAACGCAUUAAGUAUAAGAUAGAAAAACGGAAACCUAAACGUCCUUAAAAGGUCAAAAACUCCAUUUUAACGUCUGAAGCUGGGUUUUGUUGAAUGGUUUGUGGGACGUUUUAGAGCCAAGAUCGUUCUAAAAAUAAACUAAUUGAAGAAAGUGCCUUGAGACGAGUACAGGGAAGUUGCUCUCACGAGGUAAUGGGCUCCUGGUGUUAACAUUAUUAUGGCCACAGCCUCAACAAAAACAACAACUACUUUAUUAACAUUUCUCUUAUAUUUUUUAGUUACAUUGUAUAAAUAUUCUUUAAAAUACAUAUCUGUUUUUUUUUUUUGGAAAAUUUUAAGGUAACAAAAAAUAUAAGUAUAAAAGAAGGAAGUGCCUAGAGCCUCAAUGAACCGCGAGGUUUUCGAGCUAGUCUCUAGACUUAUAAAUAUGUUUUUUUAUGUAGUUAGACUCACAAACAAAAGCACACAAGCAACAGAAUAAAGUAAAUAAAUAAGGAAGCAUAAGCAAAGACCAGUAAAGGUAAAGUAAAAGAGGGAAAAAAUGAAAAAGAAAAGAAAGGAAAUGCAAGUGCACAGCACAGCGUAAAGCAAAAGCAUAGAGGAUAUAUUAACGCGCGAAUAAACGAAGAAGAGGCAGCUAAUUUGUGUCAGAUGUCAGAAGAAGCAUAUUACUUAAUUAACAAGUGUUGUUGAAAAGAGCAGCACUUGCAAUAGGCGUUUGAAGUCAAAGGGUAGUUCCUUCCAGGGGUCUACUUCGAUGCAGAUAUCGUUUGUUUACCAGUAUUUGUUCCAAAGGAGAUCAUAUUGAUAUAGAUUGUCUUUUGAAGCAUAUCUAGCGUUAAAGGAGUUGUUUUUUCUGAUGUAUUGAAAGCGACUGUGAAAGAUUGAUUGGAGCUCUUGUUUGUGCCAUUUAUGGGAAAAUUUUAAUGUUUGACGUUCGCAAAUAUGUUCAAAAGUUAGAAUGUCACGAUCGGAAGAUUUAUUAAUGGGCAAGGGGCUUUCUGUAUGUUUCCCUUACAAUGUGGAAAAAAUAUUAUCCUUGCAAUGUGGUUUUGUUUGACCUGGAGAAUUUUUAUACUGGACUUGUAGGCACUGCCCCAAACAAUGAUAGCAUGGCGGUAAGAUGGGAAUAGAUUAGGUUAUAUUAUUGCCCUAGUUGAAAUGGAGAGAAGUUACGAAACUUGAAGAAAAUUCCAGAAUUUCUAGAUAUACGUGAAGAAAAAAAAAGAAAUGUGGUACUUCCUGCUUAUUUUCAGUCAUCUGUCAUGACGCCAAGGUAUUUGGCGUGGUCGUUCUGUUCAAGAGAAGAAAUGGUGCCUUCAUUGGUUGGAAAGAUAAAUAAAUAAAUAAAUAAAUAAAUAAUGAUUUGGAGUUAGCACAUCCACAAAAUGGUUCUUCGUCUACCUGACUCCCGGUCAAAUUGGAAUUUGGAAAUGCUGGUUUUUGAGGAGAGGGGAAAACUGGAGUACCUGGAGAAAAACCUCUCGGAGCAAAGGAGAGAACCAACAACAAAAUAUUAUGUUUAAUGGUGUGUUUCAUUUUUUAUGGGCUGACUUAAUUUACAUGAAGUUUGUUUUCUUAGGGUUUAUAGAGAGCUUAUUAAUGUCGCACCAAUUCUUUACUUUUUGUGUCUUGAUUCGUGGUAGUCUUAAGUUCUUUCGGAUUUAGAAGUGGAGGAAAGACGCUAGUGUCGUCUGCAAAUAGCCGGAAAGAGAGUUUAGUUGAAGAACUGAGUUUAUUUUGAAGAACUAAUGAUAUCAUUUCAACAGCGAUCGAUACUCACCCCUCUUCAUUUCUAUGGAAGAACGUAACUGCUUCCACAGCUUUCUUAGAAGUCUGAAAACUUUAAAGAUCUUUGGAGCAUUAGUGGAAUCUAAAAAUUUGUUUUUAGCAAGUUACUUUUAUUGUUUCGCUGUAUGCGGAAACUCAGUUAAAUCAAACAUACAUAACUGAGCUUCAAUUAGUGCAGAAUUUCGCUGCCAGGAUCGUUUUCUGGUUAAAGUAAUUUGAUCAUGUUUCUGAGGGGUCAUAUUUUCUAAAAUGGCUGAAUGUUUCCGAGAAGAUUUUAAUCAAUGAUUUAGUUUCAGUUUUUUAAUGUCUAAAUCGGUCUAGCACAAGAAGGUCUGGAAACUUGCGACUUCCAUGCUACCGGCUGUCUUGUCGAGGCUUUUUCUUUCUCGGGGCUAAACGGUGGAAUGACCUGCUAAAGGACCUUCAGAGCAUUAAAGGUAUCAAGCUUUUAAGAAAAGAUUAUUUAAUUGUAUAUUUAACGAAUAGAUCACAUGAGCAGGAAUUUCUUUAUCUAAUUUAUUGUUUAACAGUGUAUUCUAAUGAAUGCACUAGACAGUUUGGCUUUUUAGAUUUUAGAUUUUAUUUCUGCACAUUUCACGUAAUUAGUAGAUUGUGUCUGAAAAGCCCUGUAAAGGGAGACUCAAUAAAAAGACUGCAUCAGUAUAUGCGAAAGCAGGUCAGUCCAUCAAUCAAUCAAUCAAAAACUUUUUUUCACUUCGAAUUUCAAAAGAUAGCAUAAACUCAUGCUAAUAUCUCUGAAGGAAAAGCAACAUAAAUAGAAAAUAAAUGAGAACGGUAAUUAAAAUAAAGUGAUGCUAUAUAAUUAUUAUGUACAAAUUUAAGAUAACGUAGACAAGAAAAAUAUUAUAUACAUUGUGACUACAGUAACUAGUGAUGAUUAAAACUAAUUACAAAGGAGCAGCAUUUAUUAUCAAAGCUAAUGCUCUUAAUUUUUUAUUUGAAAAAAAGUAAUGACUCAGCAGUUCUAAGUACCUCUGGGAGCAUAUUCCAAUAUUUGCUGACAGAGUAAUGAAAGGAGUGCAAACCAUAUUUGGUCGAUUGAACCCUAGGAAUACUAAGAGAGUGUUUACCAUGCAAAUUGUAAGAAGAAUUUUUUUCUAUCAGUAGCUCGUUAAUAUAACUAGGUGAAUGAUAAAUUUCAAUUUGCCCGCAUCCUCUUUCCUCUUUAGAGGCACCGGCUGGGUAUUCCAACAAAAUAAAAAUGACAAAAAUAUAGAUAAGCGCGCGGUGGACGAUGGGAAGAGAGGAAAGGUCUCUGCUUCCUUUCUUUUUCCCUUCCCAUCCUUCCCUGCGCUCUUUUAGGUUUCCCCUUUAAACCGCCUCUGAGGAGGCUGAGGAGGAGAGAGUGCCCCGUCAUUUUUCCAAAUGGCGAUGAACAAAGAGAAAAAAAACAUGCAGGCUUUAUUAGUCAAUAGUUUAACUCUUUAAUUUUUUUUUCAAAGAUAUUUAUCAGUAAUGAUUAAGACCUCAUACUCUUUGUUUCUUUGAAAAUUAUGUAGAUCCAGACUGCUGUUAAAAGAAACUACAGAAUCUCGCGUAAUGAUGACCUGGAAAUAGAAAUGGGACUUAUCAAUUGCACAUGUGUUCUGGGUACAUGCCAAGAUGCUCUGACGUAUCUAAGGGAUGACAUCUCUGAUCUGCAGGAUGGAGUAAAAAGAACCCCUACUCAUAUUCUUAAGCAAGUGGUCAUCAUUAUUAGUUUACUCAUCGCAGCUGAUUUAACUGUUGGCUGUAAGUUCAAUUUGUUCCCUUGCAGACGUUUUAAGACUUGAGACAUUCUAACCCUUCGUAAGCUUUAAAAGUACGGAGUAAGGUGCCAGAGGAUCAGGGGUUUUAUUAUUCAUUCAAAAUAUAUUUACGCCUCUGAUUUGCUCAGAUCGUCCUGUUAUUUAUCAACGGAACAUCACAAUUUAAAAUAAAGGAUAGCUUGCAAUAUGAUACUAUUGUAACAUGUUGAAAUAAAAACAGGAAAAAGUGAAGGUUAGAAGCUUAUGAGCACAAAAAGCAUUGAAACUGUUAUUUAUGCUGUUAGCUUUUAUUAAAUUUGGAAGACGAUUGCAAUAUCUGGGAACGGAAAGGCUUGAAUAUAUAGUGCAGGAUAAUGCCAGAAAAAUGCAAAGCAACCGAGGAGACCUGGGGACCGAUGAAAACUGCUAUUUCAAGAAUAUCUACAAGACUAAACACUUGUUAUACUUAUAUCCUGGAUUUGCGUAG